AUGUUCCGUUUCGUUACAUUAUUGGCUGUUGUCAGCUGUGCUUUUGCCGGCAUUUUACCCGGUGAUUUGGAUGGCCGUAUUGUAAAUGGUGUUGAUACCACCAUUCAGGCUCAUCCCUAUCAAGUGUCUUUGCAAACUAACCGUGGUUUCCAUUUCUGUGGUGGUUCC